UGCAGCAUUUUCAUAUACAUGCAUAUGUUUAUUUAUGAUGAUAUACUUUUCGCCCACUAUUCUCGAUUUCGUAAUGCCGUUAAACGAAUCGCGCAGAAUGAUGUUUGACACUCCAUUCGCGAUAGAGUAUUAUGUUCCUUGGAGGAAGUUUACCUAUUUACUACAGUUAUACAUGUUGUUGCUAAUGUUCGUCACUUCUAACUCGAUAUUAGCCGCAGAAAUAUUAACUAUAGCGUGUUUGCAACACAUACACGCAAUGUUUGUAAUCACCAGUUACCGAAUUGAACGUGCUGUCAACAAAAGCCAGAAGUUUUCCUUAGAUCUUGCCAAAAAUGUCAACGAUCAUAAAAAUAUCGUGGAGGUCAUCGAUAGUCACCUAAGAGCUAUCCAAUCCAGCGAUUUCUUGAGAUCUUUAUGCGGAAUAAUAUAUCUCAUUUUUAUUCCUCUGGCUAUCAUAUCGUUAAGCAUUAAUAUGUAUCAAUUCAGCCGAUACAUUUCGUUGAGUGAUGUCACUAAUGCAGCCUUGACGUUUUUAUUCCUUUUCCUACAUCUCAUCAUCGUGUUCUCCAACAAUUUCGUCGGUCAGAAAAUAAUAAAUCAUAGUGAAAUCGUGUUUAAGACAAUAUGCAACACCCAAUGGUACACGACUUCGCUAUACAUGCAAAAAUGCCUCCUGCUAAUAAUGCAGAGAAGUAUGAAGAGUUCUACUUUGAAAGUCGGUGGUCUUUACGUGCCAUCUUUCGAAAGCUUUCUUUCGGUAAAACAACAAAGUACUCUAUCCAUGAAAGAUACGCAAAAAAAUCGUUUUCCAUUGCUUUUAUUUACAAGAGAUACGUGUCUAUUUGAUGCAGCUCAUCCGCAGAUCCUUAUCGUACUUUAUGGUGAUUUACUCCAUACAGUCGUAAUUACGGAAUUGGGAUACGCGAUAAUCGACGAAUAUAAUCAACGAGAAUUCUUAUAUUUUCAUGAGGAGUAGCACGUCGUGUUAGAAAGCGAGGAACUAACUGGAGCUUCAGAAAUUCUUAUCUUAUUUUGAUUGUGUAUCUACGUAAGCCCAUGUUAAUAUACCUCUCUAGAUAAUCGGAAUAAAUAGUUCAAGUUUAAACAUUCUCUAUGAUUCUGUUUGUCUUUCGUUAGAUCGAAUCAUAUCAGAUAAUCAAGAGAAAGGAUACGAAAUAUACGUUUCGAUACGCAUCAAAUACAAUCGAUUCUAUCGCGCGAAGGACCACAUCGAUUUAAAGACGCAUUUCGAGAGCGAUUGGUCGUUUCAAUCGUUUUGAAUCACGAAGGGAGGAGUUCCGUUGUAAAUUGUGAUUUCAGCCCCGACAAGAGCGCGGAUACUUGAGCGGGCUUCUUCGACAUCCACCGCUACCGCGCGGUACUUGUUAUCUAAACUACGAGCGUAAUGUCUCUAUUCCACGAGCAGCUCCCUAGCUAGAGGCACUAUCGGCAUCACCUCGGCAAGUACGAAGAACGCAUGCGACUCGUCGCGCACAAAUCUCCUCGGGUGCGCCGGGGCAGAAAUUAGCGCGUUCUCCAGCGUGUUUCACGGUUGUCUGCCAGCUCAACUAGUUUGUAUAACAACGCCCUCGAUUUACACUACUCUAACCGGUCCGAUUUUAAUUGAACUCAAUUUUUUCGAGCCUUUCUUCUAUUGCGAAGCGUAUUCGCAUUCCGAUAAAUAUGCCGAAGAUAAAACUUAUUAGAACUUGGCAAAGUGAAGUAUGAAAAGGAAAGUCAAGAAUGCUUAUCUAUUUACUUUACGAGUGUAAGCUUCAUUUCUAAUUAAGGACGAGAAAAUAAAAAUUGCUGUUGGCUAAUUGCACUGAUUUACAGAUAGAUAACUAUAUGCAAAAAUGCGACACCUAGUCACGAGAUAACAAAUAUCUGAGAGAUUAUUGUUAUAAAGAGAUAUUUGAUGAUAUAGAGGAUUUAUCGGAAUCGUCUCGGUCUCCUAAAUUGUACCGCUCAAUUUCUCUAUUAUUAUUAAAUAUGAAUGACAUCCAACAAUAAAAAUGAGAAAUAAAUGAACAAUAGGACGCAAAAAACAAAACAAUUUCAAACAAAAAGAUUUCAGAUCAUAUCUUAUGCUAUGCAUGCUACAAACAUUUAAAAAAAUCAGAUACGAUUUUGAUGGGGUACGAUUUAGGAGACCAGUACGAUUUCGGCAAGUAUUCUAUUAUUAUAUUUCUAUAUUAUAUAUUUCUAUUAUUUUUUUCCUUAAUCGAGUUUUUCUCAUACGAUCAUCAAGAAGCCCACUAUGGACGACUGUUUCCAUCGAGUAUAAAACGAACAAAGCGGAAGGAGGAAGACAGAGAGAGAGAGAGAGAGAGAGAAAGGCUUCUUUCUUUCGACCUCCGUAGCUCUCCCAGCCGAGAGAUCUACGAUCUCUUAGUGCAUUCUCCGCCAGUCUCGUUAAAUACGUUCUCUGCCAACCAAAACCUCCUUCGUCUUAUCCCUUACGUAAUGAAUGUGCGGUAGCACCGUGAGGGAUAGACUGUCGAGCAAGGAACGUGCGUAAUGCGUCAAGAUUCUCUCGGUUUUGUGUUCGACAGGGAUGUUGAGUAACAGUGGGGGCGAGCCGCGGGACACCGUGAAAUAUAAGAUAUUCAGGAUUGUGUAAUUAAGGCGUUAACGAGCGAACCCUUCGAUUCUGAUUACUGAAAUUUCUCGACAAGUUCCUCGUUGUCGAGGUGUCUCAUCGUGUUUGCCGGUACAAGCAAAAAGCAGAAGACUGACGCGAGACCGCGGGAUAGUCACGAAUUUACCCCGAGAAUCAUCUCCUCGUCAACAUGCAACGGCGACGCAACCACCCGCGGCACUAUCGCGGGCGCAACGCUUUUUCGCCCUCACGGCAGUUUCGCGAGAUAAGCGCGGACCCCUACCUGGGAAAAUUCCAUCGUUACUUCCUUUGUUACUUUGCAUCGGCUGACCUAGGAAGGCGAACUAUCGCGGGGGUUUCGGCGAAACUGGGGCGUGUAUAAACGCGUGUCGAAACUUGUUACUCGCGCGAGCGCUUCCGUGACUAUCUGCCAAGCUGUACAGGCUUGUACAAGUUGCUUUUACAAGUGGCACAAAAGCACGCGAGACUCUCCCGCCCCCCUAUCUCUUUCUCUCUCUCCCGCGAUCGAAUUUAUAACGUGUCUCGCGUAAUGCAGCCGCGUAACCACGGCCGAUAAUUGCAUCCGCGAAUUUCGUUCUCCUCUCGCGCGCCUCCGCGCGCGCGACUUCUCCGUAAAGGAAAUCCAUAAAAUAUCGCGAUUGCAACUCGAAUGCUACAGUGACGCAGGUGUUAAUCCCGCCGGUAUCUGGCAGUGAGGAGAAAAUACGACGGUGCAAGCUCGACCUGUCGCAAUGACCGAUUCCAACGCAACGACUCCCGAGGAACUCGCCGUGGGUUGAUUCGCCACGAUAGAUUGCAAUUUAAUUAACGAGCGUAAGAAUCUCGGAGAAAAAAUUGAUGGGCAGAAACGUAAAGGGAAAUGAACGGAUAGAAGCAACAUGAAAAUGACGAGCGAGCACGAAUUAUCGCGGGGAAACGCCCAGUUUCUCCUUUUCAUCCGCACGCGUUACUCUCCCCCGCGGUGUAAUUUCAUCCUUCCAAAGUCGCGUAACUUCCACGAGCGACGCGGUCACGAGGCCGAACAGUGACCUGUGCUUAAGGUCGUGUUACAUUAACGAGAGAGAGGCCUUAAGUUACCGAACUUGUGCGGCUCGUUUCGGUGCGCGCAACACGUAACGGAUAGAAUGGAGUUGCGGCGAAAUUGCAGCCGGCUUUAUUGCCUUUCCCUUAUUUUCGCUCUUUCUCUUAAUUGCGCGUCCGAUUUCGUCUCGAAAAUGUCGGGCUGCUCUCGUACCUGCAAAAUCGUCUGAGGAAAUGUCGCGUUUAUUCGCGACACAAUAUACAAAUGGUGGCAGUGGAUUGCAAAAUGGUUUAGACGCAAUGAAGUUGAAAGCUCAACAAACUGUCAAAAUUGAGAAUCAUUACUAUGCGUAUAUAUGUGAUGAGCCCAGUAAUUAUAUUAUUAAUGGCUGCAUCCAGCAAAGAAAACGAUUGUUGUAAAGUGCAACUGUUAUAAAAUUCGUGAAUCUAAUUAGUACAUGCUCUUAGAUUCAGUCAAGAUCAAGAACAUACACAAAUCAGGUUCACGAAUUUUACAAUAGCUGUAAAGUUUCAUGCUGUAUAUACGUGGCCAAUUAUUAUUAAUUAUUGAUAUUAUUUAAGUAUUUAAUUAAUUAUAUUAUUAUAUAUAGUUAUAUAUUAUAUAUAUAAUAUAUAAUAUAUAACUAUUAUAUAUAUAUAAUAUUAUAUAUAUUAUAUAUAAUAUUAUAUUAUUAUAUAUUAUUAUAUUAGUGACUCUUAAUUUGGGAAACUAUCAGUUUGAAAUACCAAGCAAUUUUAUUGUAUGUAAGCCGUUUUGUGACCCACCAUAUGCGCAAAUGUACAUGUCUGGCGAACUCAAAACGAAGUUUCUACACGGGUUUUCGCGUAACGCGCUAUUUGAUUGAGAGCACAUUGCAUCUCUCUUUCUCUCCCGUAAGAAUCGAUACGGUAUUGGGAAGUUACCGUGUGCAUCGCGAUUUCACGGUGCGUUCAAGCGACGUUGACUUCCCGGCGUGAUGGGGAGAUGAACGAGCAGCGAUUUACGAGGCCAUGAUUACGUUUCGCACCGGAAUGCCCAUUGCCCGCAGCCCAUUGGCCAUUGUACGCAAAGAGAUACGCGAACCGAUAGGAAAUCUUACACAGGACUGACAACGUGUCUACGAAGUGGCGAGGACGGGGGGCGAGAUUAGGAGAGACCGAGAUUGUCCGACGUGCCGCUGAGCUAGUGGAAAAUAGCGUGACGCCUAGCCGGCGUCUUCUUGUCCGGCUUUAUUUCAACCAACGACUCCACCCCCGGAAUCAACCAGAUGGGAAUCGAAUCGGAGAACCGUGAAAUAACAGCCCCGGCGACGCGCAAAGCCCGCUUCUUUAUAAAUCUACAUCGCGCGGCCGCCAACAAUUUCCUGCGCUCCGAUACGACAAACAAUACUUUUGCCGGAUUACGCCGAGAUUAUGGCGUUUCGCAAGUUCUCAAGCUAACGCGACUAUUGUCUUCUUUUGUUCACAAAAAUGAUCUUAGGAUUUUAAGAUUUUAGUCUUGAAAUUCUACAUAUCUCAGAUUGAUUCGAACCACCGAAUCUAAAAAGAUGCGGCAGAAUGUCCCUUGAAUAUUUUUUUUUCUCUCUUGAGUAUUAGACUUCUCGUAUUUCUAAUUAUAUAUGUCUCAAAGACGCCAUUCGUUUUGCCAGAUUACGAUAAUAAGCGCGAAAGGAAAAAGAAAAGAUUACGGAUCUAUUAUAUCGCGCUCUGGCAAAGUCAUUCAUCAUUCGUACAAAUGAUGAUCGAAGGAAUGAAAGAAAGAGAUACGCUUAUCCAAUACUUAUUUCCAGUGAGGCUUUAAGAUCAUUAGACACGCCAUGUUUCGAAUACCUGAAUUGAAGGGGUAGCAGUGUGUAAUCAAAGACUCGCGUGUAAAAUACCAACGACUCAUUGGAUUUGCGCGCUAUAGCACGCAUGCAAGUACGCGAGAGGAAUAUGACUGUACGAAUUAUAUCGCGUGCGCAUGCGAUUGUGAAUAUCAAUGCACACAUGUGAAAUAUAACGUUUUCAUUAAAACUUAUCAGCGUUAU